AUGGAGCGCCCCGGAGCCGAAGAAGCAAAUUCCAGUGAGUGUGAAAAUAUGCCAGGGAAAAAGAAGACGUUAGAAGACUUUGAAGCCAAGGCUAUGGAUUCUCUGGUAGAUAUGCCUCUUGCUACUAUAGAUACUAAAGAUGAUUGUGGAAUCACUGAUGUACCUCAAGUAAAUUUGGAAAGAAGUGAAGAAAAUGAAUAUAAAGAUCAAAUAAAGAAGAAGAAAAAGUACAAAGACUAUCAACCAAACUAUUUCCUCUCCAUUCCAAUCACCAACAAAGAGAUUACAAAAGGAAUUAAGAUCCUGCAGAAUGCAGUAAUACAACAGGAUAAGCGCCUGGCCAAGGCAAUGAUGGGUGAUGGUUCCUUUCAUGUUACCCUGUUGGUGAUGCAGUUAAAUGACGAUGAAGUAAACAUUGGUAUUGAUGCUCUUUUGGAAUUAAAACCAUUCAUAGAAGAAAUCCUUCAAGGAAAACACUUGACUUUGCCCUUUCAAGGGGUUGACACUUUUGGAAAUCAGGUUGGAUUUGUGAAGCUGGCAGAAGGAGAGCACAUGAAUCCACUUUUGGAAAUUGCAGAGGUUGCAAAAAGGACAUUUCAAGAAAAAGGCAUCUUGGCAGGAGAAAGCAGAAGUUUUAAACCUCAUUUGACCUUCAUGAAAUUGUCCAAAGUACCAUGGCUCCGGAAGAUGGGAGUGAAAAAAAUAGACCCUAAAUUCUAUGAAAAAUUCAUCAGUCACAGAUUUGGAGAUGAAAUGCUACACCGCAUUGAUCUUUGCUCCAUGAUGAAGGAAAAGCAAAGUAAUGGUUAUUAUCACUGUGAGUCUUCAAUUGUGAUUGGCGAGUCCUCCACAGUCCUGCAGAGCUACAAAAGGGAUGUGUCCAGCUGGCCAAGUGGUGAUAAGAAUGGAGGUGAGCCUGAUGAUGCUGAACUGGUAAAGCUCAGUAAGAGGCUGGUGGAGAAUGCAGUGCUCAAGGCUGUCCAGCAGUAUCUGGAAGAAACACAGAACAAAAACAAGCCAGGGGAUGGGAGCACUGUGAAAACGGAAGAGGCUGAUAGGAAUGGCACUGACAAUGACAACAGGAAAUGA